AUGCCGAAACGCCAUCCUUCCGCAAACAACAUCUCAACCUCCAAGCCCGCAAAACGCGGUCGCCGGGUCUUCCCCGAGCGCAUCCAAACACGCCCCUUCACACUCACCAACCUGGCCAACAACGAGGUCGUCCACCAGAAAUGCCUCGCCCUGCACGGCACAUGCUCCGUCUUCGACUACGCCCACGAAACAAACUACGUCUCGAUCGUGACGCGCGACGCCACCACCACCUCCCAGCCAGACCCCCAGCACUGGCCCGCCCACAACGGAGCCUGGAAAGCCCUCGUCCUCCUGAACCCCGGCCAAAACACCCUAACCCUAUCCCUGAACCACAACAACAGCAUCCACGGCACGCCCUUCCAGCUAACCGUAACAUACAUGCCGCUCCUGCAGCUCCCACCCCUCCACCUCGCCAUCCUCGUCGCCUCCGACUCCCCGCUCCUAAUCGACUGCCCGCCCGCGAAAUACGGCGCCCUCAGCACAGCGCACAGCACGCUCGACGCAGCGAUCGCAAAGCUCCGCAUGGCCGCGUACAUGUGGCAGGCCCUUACAGCCGAGGACCUCCGGGGAAAAGGCCUGGGCCGGCGCGCGUUCAGACUGGAAGAGGAGUGGGGACGUGAUACGAGCUGUAUCUCAGCAACAAGGGACGGGAAGAUGGGCAGUGUGCCGAGGGUGCAUGUCGUCCGCAGCGACAAGACAGUCGCGCAGAUCCGGGAUGCGCAGGUUGCGCAGCAGAAUCCGCACGCGAGGGAUAGGGAUGCAUUGCACGCGUACUUUGAGGCUGCGCUUGCUGCGCAUGGUCCCCCGUUUGAGAAUCUGCGUUCCAGUCGCCCUGUUGUUGCGGGUAUGAUACUGGACUCGCAUUAUGAUGCCCAGCGGGAUCUUAUCGUUGGCCAUGCGGCGCUGGGAUGUCACAGGGGUGAUGGGCUGUCGUUGGGGGUGCUCGGGAGCCAUCUUGCGUAUUCCUGGCCGCGGUUUCUGGAGGAGGUGGCGGCUUGCUUGACGGAUUGCACGGAGACUGGUAGCACGGUGGGAAAUGAUAAUGGGGAGUGCGGGACGAUGCAGGGGGCUUGUUUUGUCGGCCAGGGUGCGUUCCUGCAUGAGGUCGGUCAUGCGUUUGGGGCCGGGCAUACGAGCGGGAUUAUGGCGAGGGGGUAUGCGGGGGGUUGGGGAAGGGCGUUUGUGGAGCAUGAGCGGAAUAUGAAUUGCUCUCGAGCUGGUCAGGGGAAUGAGGAUGCAAUUGCGCAUGAAGCAAAGUGGGAUCUGCGCGAUGCGCUGCAGUUCAGGCUCCUCCCGCAUUUCGCGUUGCCUGGGGAUAGACCUGUUGAGGAUCCAGGCGAGUUCCGGCGUGCUACGGUGUGCAUCGAGGCUGGUGUUGACAGCGAUGACAUUGACGAGGAAGAGGAAGACGGAGACGAGUUCAUCCAGAUCUCCUGCAAGGCCGGCCUCGCACAGGUGCAGAUCCAGAACGGCCAGCAGGACCCCAUCACCUCCUACAACGAUGCCGCAUCCAACUGGACAGGCCAGUGCACGCUCGUCCGCCUCAACCCCGAAGCUCUGGCCGAAUUCUCCCGCACCGAACCCUUGAAAAUCACGGCCCUAGCCAUGAGCGGUAAAGAGCGCACCAUAUCCAACGCCUGGACCCUCCUCAACCAGAAGCCAUACAUCUCCAUCCCGGGCACCGACAUCAUCCUGCGCAAGCAAGCCAUCUCAUCCUCCAGCCUCGAGGAAUCCUCGACCGAAAACGACGCCUUCAUCCCCUGGACCGUCCUCCUGCACCACCGCGGUAAAGACGGAAAUCUCCACCGCGCAACAUGCAUCGACCUCCGCGUCGGCUGCACGAUGGACGGCGCGGUGGUAUACUACGCUGACGGACGGCACGAGAAUUGCGGGCCUGCGCUUGAUGCCAGUGGCCAGCCGCAUUAUUUCGGCGGGCAUGCCUCUGAGCGACGUGAUCUUCCUGAGGGCGAGAGCAUUUCGAGAGUAUUGGUUUGCAGUGACGAUGACGGGUGGGGGAGUCUAGCGGGGAUACGGAUGGUCCUUGGGGAUGGGACGGCUUGGGGGGAGCUUAAUAGCGCUUCACACGAUUAUGAAGGGAACGAGGAUGGAGAGCUGGAGUCUCAAGGGGUGUUUACGCUUGAACCUGAAGAGGGCGAGGUUAUUGUCGGCUUUUACGGGCUGAGUGCGAAGGAUUCAGGGUUUUGUCAUCAGUUUGGGAUCCUUACGGCGCUCCGGGAUGUGCAGUUGCCGGAGGUUUUGUAUGAUAUGCCUGAGCUGGGGAAUGCUGGUGACAGGAAGGCUUCCUAA